CACGUGCCGGCAGCCCAGGCGCCGGGGUCCGGGACGGGGAGGUGGCUGUGGGUGGGAUCUUGUGACUGACUGAUGGCUCCCGGGAGAGGGUGACAGGUGGAGGGAGCCCACCUGUCGGUGGGAAGUUUGGAGUUAAAAUGCUUUCAUUUCUGGAAGCUGAGAAGUCCCUGCAUGCCAGGCCCAGAGCUUGGGGGUCCUCUGUCUGCCCACCUGCUGUUGCUGUGGGUGGAUAAAGUAAUCAAACGGACCACGAGAAGAAUGUGCGCGUCAGAGUCACCAGGCCUGGUAUCUCCUCUGAGAUGGGGAAAUGGGGAGGCGGGUGAGCAGGGUUGGACUGUGGGUGGAUGAACUUGGGGUCCUAUGGAAGAAGCUGAUCAUGGAACGAAUUGUCCCUAUCAUGGCAGGCCUGUGUGACCUUUGAAGAUGUGGCCAUUUACUUCUCCCAGGAGGAGUGGAGGCUCCUUAAUGAGACACAGAGGUUCCUGUAUUGUGAUGUGAUGCUGGAGAACUUUGCACUCACAACGUCCCUGGAGUACACUACAUGGUAGCUGGGUGCGGGCUUCUGAAGAGUGAAGCCCCGCCCCACCCUCGGAGCCGCGACGCCCCAACGCCCCUUGUGAUAACAAUAGGCGUUAGCCCAGGCCACAAGGGGUCUGCGAGUCGCUGCAGCUGUUGUCUCAGCGGAAACUACAUUAACCAGAAGCCUCUGCGCCACAGAGCGGCGGCACUGCUAACCGGUGUUUCUGUACGUGCGAGGUCGUCUGGGAGGGACUUCCGGCAUCUUUCUCGCGGCGGACAUCUCGGGUCUUGGUCGACCUGUCCGAGCAGAAACUCGGGACCUGUGGUCCGGUUCAGAGGUGACAGAAAGCGAGAAGGCGCGGGAGGAGACCCUAUUCUCGCUACAAAGAGGCUCGGCGGCGGCAACUCUCGCGAGGAUUCCGCCACCACGCCAACCGACAGCGGUGCGCGGUUCCGACGUGAGAUCCUUCCGGACUCUGUGGUCCUGACUGAUGGCGGCGGCAGCAGUGGACCCGCGUUGUUGGCGUGGAGUGGGCAAGGAAGAGGCACCUUCUGAGCAGAGUGUUUUUGUAGCAGUGUCACACAUUCAUACUUCCAAGGCAGAUUCACUGACUCAGAUGGCUUAUCCUUGUAACUUAUGUGGCCCAAUCUUGAAAGGUAUUUUGCACCUGGAUGAACACAAAGAAACACGCCAUGGACUGAAACCUUACCCAUGUGGGGCGUGUGGGAGGCAGUUCUGGUUCAGUGCAAACUUUGACCAGCAUCAGAAGCUGUACGAUGUAGAGAAAUUCCUAAGAGGUGACAAAGGCAAGACCUCAUUUGUAACUAACUGUAGAGCUCGUGAAGAACCUCCACUGUCAGAGAAGCCCUUUGCAUGUAAGGAGGAGCAGAAGGACUUCCAGGUCAGUUUGGGCAGUCACCAGCAAAAGGCCACCCAUAGCAAGAGGAAGGCAUGGAGUCCUGAGAGUGGCCAGGCCUUGCACAUUGGACAGAUGCGUUACAAGUGCAUCGAAUGUGGGAAGGCUUUCAGCCGCAAGGACACGCUUGUUCAGCACCAGAGAAUCCACACUGGAGAAAAGCCUUAUGAGUGCAGCGAAUGUGGGAAAGCUUUCAGCCGCAAAGCCACACUUGUCCAACACCAGAGGAUCCAUACAGGAGAAAAGCCUUACGAGUGCAGCGAAUGUGGGAAAGCCUUUAGCCGCAAAGACAACCUUACUCAGCACAAAAGAGUUCAUACCGGAGAGAUGCCUUAUAAAUGUGGUGAGUGUGGCAAAUACUUUAGCCAUCACUCCAACCUGAUUGUACACCAGAGAGUUCACAAUGGAGCAAGGCCUUACAAGUGCAACGAUUGUGGGAAAGUCUUCAGGCACAAAUCCACGCUUGUUCAGCAUGAGAGUAUCCAUACUGGAGAAAAUCCUUAUGUUUGCAGCGACUGUGGAAAAUCCUUUGGCCACAAAUACACCCUCAUUAAACACCAGAGAAUUCAUACUGAGGCAAGGCCUUUUGAGUGCAUUGAAUGUGGAAAAUUCUUUAGUCGAAGCUCUGACUUUAUUGCACACCAGAGAGUUCACACAGGUGAAAGGCCUUUUGUGUGCAGCAAAUGUGGGAAAGAUUUCAUCAGAACCUCCCACCUUGUUAGGCACCAAAAAGUUCACACUGGAGAAAGGCCAUAUGAAUGCAAUGAGUGUGGGAAGUCAUAUAGCUUAAGCUCCCACCUCAUUAGGCACCAGAAAGUUCAUGCUGCCGGAGGCUUUAGGAGUGCUUUUAACACAGCAGGACUCACGGGGAAGAGCUCUGACUUCCUGUAGAGAGGGAGAUAACAAAUCAUGUGUUGAACCAUGUGUAUCUAGACACUGGCAGUUGAGAGAUAGUUUAUGAAUGCCAUGUACGGGGGAAGCUUUCAGAAGCUGUGUUGCACUUUCAGACCUGCUCAGGUUCCUUGCCGAAUUAUUUAGUAUCCAUGCCUGUGGCUGAAAACAUCUCAACUCUACCAGCUUAGUUACCCUAAUAUCCUCAGGGGAGGCAGAGCUUUGUAUUCUCUCUCUAGUCCCUGGAGGGAGUUAUAAGAAACAUGAGUUCCGGAAUUCCCUGGUGGUCCAGUGGCCUGUGCUCCUUCUGAGGGCCCGGGUUCAGUUGCUUGUUGAGGAAAUAAAAUCCCACAAGCCAUGUGGCCAUAAAUAAGUAAAUGGAAACCUGAAUUAAAUGGGGGUCUUCAUUUGCUCCCCUCUGACUGGCAAAGGUGUGGGUAUGACCCAUCUUUAGCCAAGAGGAUCUGAGGUUCUGGAAACAGAAAAGGUUUACUUUCUUCAUGGACAUUGUUGGUUUCACUCUCAUGUGAUACUUGUAACAUUUUUCCAGCCUCCAAGUCACCCAACCUAGAUAAUUAUUUGCCUCAUGUUGCUCUGGUUUGUGUGAUGAUAAAUACCUUAUGAUAAUAAAUACCUUAUUAUUUAAGCCAC